ACAUUACGAGACGUAAGGACACGCGAACGUAGGCAAAGUCUAGCCAACGUUCGCUGUAUUUUAUUAGUGAUGUCUCGAAAAAAAGCCUUUGAAGAGACAGACAAACUUACACGUAUCGCAAUUGUAAAUGCUGAUCGUUGUAAACCCAAAAGAUGUAGGCAAGAAUGCAAGAAAAGUUGCCCUGUGGUGCGUAUGGGUAAACUGUGCAUCGAGGUGACUCCCAACGACAAGAUCGCUACAAUUUCGGAGGAACUUUGCAUCGGUUGUGGUAUAUGUGUCAAGAAAUGUCCAUUUGAUGCUAUCACUAUCAUCAAUAUUCCAUCAAACUUAGAGAAGCAUACAACGCAUAGAUACUCAAAGAACUCUUUUAAACUUCAUCGUUUGCCAAUACCUCGACCAGGUGAAGUACUCGGUCUAGUUGGUCAGAAUGGUAUUGGAAAAUCAACUGCUUUGAAGAUCCUUGCUGGAAAACAGAAACCCAACUUGGGCCGUUAUGCUGACCCUCCAGACUGGCAAGAGAUUCUGUCUCAUUUCCGUGGCUCAGAGCUUCAAAACUUCUUUACUAAAAUCCUUGAAGAUGACUUAAAAGCUCUUAUCAAACCUCAAUAUGUGGAUCAAAUCCCAAAAGCGGUCAAAGGUACUGUUGGCCAAUUGCUUGAUAAGAAGGAUGAGAGAAAAAAUCAACCUGAGAUAUGUAGAAUGCUGGAUUUGACACAUAUUCGUAAUCGAGAAAUCGCAGCAUUAUCUGGUGGUGAGCUGCAACGUUUUGCUUGCGCCAUGGUUUGUAUACAAAACGGCGACAUAUUUAUGUUUGACGAACCAUCUUCCUACUUGGAUGUCAAGCAGCGUCUUAAUGCUGCCAGAACUAUACGCUCACUCAUAGACCCUGAUAAGUUCAUUAUUGUAGUAGAGCAUGACUUGUCAGUAUUGGAUUAUCUGUCAGAUUUCAUCUGCUGCUUAUAUGGUGUUCCUGGUGCUUAUGGUGUUGUGACUAUGCCUUUCUCUGUUCGAGAAGGUAUAAAUAUAUUCCUUGAUGGGUUUGUGCCCACUGAAAAUAUGAGAUUCAGAACUGAAUCUCUUGUCUUCAAAGUAGCAGAAUCUGCUACAGAGGAAGAGAUAAAAAGAAUGAACCAUUAUGAGUAUCCAGAAAUGAACAAAUCAAUGGGUGACUUCCAUCUACAUGUAGCUCAAGGAGAGUUCUCAGACUCUGAGAUAUUAGUAUUGCUUGGUGAAAAUGGUACGGGUAAAACAACAUUUAUUAGAAUGCUAGCUGGUAACCUGGAACCAGAUGAAGGUGCAAGCCAACUGCCGCAGCUACAUAUUAGUUAUAAGCCACAGAAAAUAUCUCCCAAAUCCCAAGGAUUAGUGCGCAGUUUGCUUCAUGACAAGAUAAGAGAUGCAUACACACAUCCUCAGUUCAUAACCGAUGUAAUGAAGCCAAUGAAAAUUGAAGAAAUUAUGGACCAAGAAGUGCAAAACUUGUCUGGUGGUGAGUUGCAACGUGUCGCACUGGUGCUCUGUCUCGGAAAGCCGGCUGAUGUCUACCUUAUCGAUGAACCCUCUGCAUACCUGGAUUCUGAACAGCGUUUAGUUGCCGCUAAAGUCAUUAAAAGGUUCAUCCUCCAUGCUAAGCGAACAGGUUUCGUAGUCGAGCAUGACUUUAUAAUGGCCACAUACCUUGCGGACCGUGUCAUCGUAUUUGAGGGAACCCCAUCCUCUAAUGCAACUGCCCAUGCCCCGCAGUCCCUGCUCAAUGGCAUGAAUAAGUUCUUGGAAUUAUUGGGUAUUACAUUCAGAAGGGAUCCAAACAACUUCAGACCUAGGAUCAAUAAACAUUCUUCUGUAAAGGACAUAGAACAGAAACGAGCGGGCCAGUAUUUCUUCUUGGAAGACUAAAUGCUACUAUAACAAAUAUUUAUAUAUAUUGGAGCAAUUGUAUCUGUCACAAUGUUGAUGGUCUGCCAUCUGUGUAUUUCCAAAUAAUUGUAUUACCAUAAUAAAUCAAUUUUAUACAA